AUGUGCCGUCAAGCGAUCUCAUUUGGAGACGCAGCAGCUCGUCUGCGCCCGAUCUACACCGAAGCACAAAGAUUCAAUACCAUCAUGAGGCGCUUGUAUCACUCCCAAGUACCUGAUACUUGGUCUCAGUCUCAGAUUUUCUACACCCAGGAUGAGUCAGGGUCACGCGAGAAUAACGAAGGUGCGGUGGAACUUUCCCAGGCUCAGGCUAUCUCCAACAUUGCAAGAAAGGUAUCCGACCUCUUGAUCCAGCAGUCGAAUCUGUGCACGGCUGCUUGUCAUACGGCUCUGGUUCUUCUGAAUGGGUUUACGCAGCCAGAGAUUGAGAUGCUCAUGUCUGUGUGCGGUGACAAGAACCGACCCCGGUGGAACAUUGUUUCAUGGAGCAAAGACGACCCAUGCAAGUACAGCCCACAAACUGGAGAACAUACGGACGAUAUCUGUGCCGUCUUGAAGCGCUCUUGGAAGUACAAAACAAGACUUCGAAUAUCCGUCCGCAAAGACGGGACAUGGACAUACGGGUCCACAUCGACUGAGGACCGCAUGGAGUCCAAUGCCAUAGCUCCUACCUUGCGGUUGAGGGAGCUUCUUCAUGGUGGCGGAGACGGUUCGGGUGGUGCAAUUGCGACACGGUUGCUGAAAAGGAUAAACUCAAUCUCGCUAUCGCAGUAG